ACGGGGCCAGUUUCCCAGGAUUGCUGCGGGAGUCGGAGGCUGCAGGGCGGGGAGAGUGAGGCCCAGGCUGCCGGAGCGGACACCCAUCAUCCUGACACACCCGGCGCGGCUGUGUUCGGGACGUUCGCGUCCUUUUCUGGGAUUAAAAAAAAAGAAAAAAAAGAAGAAGAAAUAAAUAAAACAAGUUGCCGAAGUCCCGGGAGUUCACGCACAAACGAGAGCCCUGAGAGCGGUGCGAUGGAGGAUGGGAAGCCGGUGUGGGCGCCCCACCCAACGGACGGGUUCCAGCUGGGAACUAUAGUGGACAUCGGCGCCGACAGCCUCACCAUCGAACCUCUCAAGCAGAAGGGAAAGACAUUUUUGGCUGCUAUUAACCAAGUCUUCCCUGCAGAGGAUGAUGUCAACAAACAUGUGGAGGAUAACUGUUCUUUGAUGUACUUGAACGAAGCCACUCUGCUCAACAACGUUCGUGUGAGAUACAGCAAAGACAAAAUUUAUACAUUUGUAGCCAACAUCCUGAUUGCAGUGAACCCAUACUAUGACAUCCCAAAGCUUUACUCGGCGGAGACCAUCAAGCAGUACCGGGGCCGGUCGCUGGGCACGCUGCCGCCGCACGUCUACGCCAUCGCUGAUAAGGCGUACAGGGACAUGAAGGUCCUGAAGAUGAGCCAGUCCAUCAUUGUCUCAGGGGAGUCUGGAGCCGGGAAGACCGAAAACACCAAGUUUGUGCUCAGAUACUUGACAACCUCAUACGGAACAGGUCAGGACAUCGACGAGAGAAUAGUGGAAGCAAACCCAUUGCUGGAGGCUUUUGGAAACGCAAAAACCGUCCGCAACAACAACAGCAGUCGCUUCGGGAAGUUUGUGGAAAUCCACUUCAAUGAGAAGAAUGCCGUCGUGGGCGGCUUUGUGUCGCACUACCUGCUGGAGAAGUCGAGGAUAUGCACACAAAGCCCAGAGGAGAGAAACUAUCACAUCUUCUACCGACUGUGUGCCGGAGCCUCCGAGGACAUCAGGCAGAAGUUCCACCUCAGCUCCCCGGACACGUUCAGGUACCUGAACAGAGGAUGCACUCGGUUCUUUGCUUCCAAAGAUACAGACAAACAGAUCCUGCAGAAUCGCAAGAGCUCAGAGCACAUGAAGUCGGGCCCUCUGAAGGACCCGCUGCUGGACGACCAUGGCGACUUCAACAGGAUGUCUGUGGCGAUGAAGAAGAUCGGCCUGGACGACACGGAGAAGCUGGACCUGUUCAGGGUGGUGGCCGGCGUGCUGCACCUGGGCAAUAUCGACUUUGAGGAGGCUGGAAGCACAUCAGGUGGCUGCGCCAUCAAGAACCAGUCGAGUCAGACGCUGGAGCACUGUGCCGAGCUGCUGGGCCUGGAGGAGGAGGACCUGAGAGUCAGCCUCACCACCAGGGUCAUGCUCACAACAGCAGGGGGCACCAAAGGAACAGUCAUCAAAGUGCCACUCAAAGUGGAGCAGGCGAACAACGCUCGGGACGCCCUGGCGAAGGCCGUGUACAGCCGCCUGUUCGACCACGUGGUGACCAGGGUCAACCAGUGCUUCCCCUUCGACUCCUCCGCCAACUUCAUCGGCGUCCUGGACAUCGCUGGCUUUGAGUACUUUGAACACAACAGCUUCGAGCAGUUCUGCAUCAACUACUGUAACGAGAAACUGCAGCAGUUCUUCAAUGAGCGCAUCCUGAAAGAGGAGCAAGAGCUGUACCAGAGGGAGGGGCUCGGAGUCAACGAGGUUCACUAUGUCGACAAUCAGGACUGCAUAGACCUGGUGGAGGCGAAGGUGGUCGGCAUCCUGGACAUCCUGGACGAAGAGAACAGACUACCUCAACCCAGCGACCAGCACUUUACAGACACUGUUCAUAACAAACACAAGGACCAUUUCCGCCUCACCGUACCCAGGAAGUCUAAGCUGACUGUCCACAGGAACGUGAGGGAUGAUGAAGGAUUUAUUAUCAGACACUUUGCAGGAGCCGUGUGCUACGAGACGACCAAGUUUGUGGAGAAGAACAACGACGCCCUGCAUAUGUCUCUGGAGUGUCUGGUCAGUGAGUCCAAGGACCGCUUCGUCCGCGAACUCUUUGAAAACUCCAACAACAGCAAAGACAUGAAGCAGAAGGCGGGAAAACUCGGUUUCAUCAGCGUCGGCAACAAGUUUAAGACCCAGCUGAAUAUUCUUCUGGAGAAGCUCCGCAGCACGGGCUCCAGUUUCAUCCGCUGCAUUAAGCCAAACCUGAAGAUGAUCAGCCACCAGUUUGAAGGAGCUCAGAUUCUCUCCCAGCUGCAGUGCUCCGGUAUGGUGUCAGUGCUGGACCUGAUGCAGGGCGGCUUCCCCUCCAGGGCUCCCUUCCACGAACUCUACAACAUGUACCAGAAGUACAUGCCUCCCAAACUCACCCGCCUCGACCCGCGCCUCUUCUGCAAGGCUUUAUUCAAAGCUCUGGGACUGAAUGAGAAUGACUACAAGUUCGGCCUGACCAGAGUGUUUUUCCGGCCCGGGAAGUUUGCAGAGUUUGACCAGAUAAUGAAGUCGGACCCGGACCACCUGGCAGAGCUGGUGAAGAAGGUCAACAAGUGGCUCAUCCACAGCCGCUGGAAGAAGGUCCAGUGGUGCGCUCUGUCCGUCAUCAAAUUGAAGAACAAGAUUUUGUACCGGACCAGCGCCUGUAUCAAGAUGCAAAAGACGGUCCGGAUGUGGCUCUGCAGGAAGAAGCACAAGCCUCGGAUCAACGGGUUAGUCAAGGUGCGUAACCUGAAGAAGAGGAUGGAUCGCUUCACUGAGGUGGUGGCCGGGCUGAAGGAGGGCAAACAGGAGAUGAGCAAGCAGAUCCAGGAGCUGGAGGCCGCCGUCGAUACCCUGAUGGUCAAAAUUAAGAGCACCAUCAUGACCCGGAUUGAAAUCGACCACGAGUACCAGGCCCUGGUGACCCGGUCGGAGCAGCUGCUGACCGCCAUGCAGAACAAGAAGAAGGAGGAGGAGGAGAGGGAGCGGCUCCGACGCAUCCAGGAGGAGAUGGAGAGGGAGAAGAAGAGGAGGCAGGAGGAGGAGCAGCGCCGCAAGCAGGAGGAGGAGGACAGGCGACUGAAAGCAGAGAUGGAGCUGAAGAGGAAGCAGGAAGAGGAGGAGAGGAAGAGGAGGGAGGAGGAGGAGAGGAAGAUUCAGGUGGAGAUGGAGGUGCAGCUGCAGGCGGAGCGGGAGGAGGACGCGGCUCGGCAGGCCAUCCUGGAGCAGGAGAGGAGGGACCGGGAGCUGGCGCUGAGGAUCGCUCAGAGCGAGGCUGAGCUCAUCCCCGAGGAGGUGCAGAACGACUCGGGCCUGCGCAGUAACGGCUCCUCAGUUCCAUCGUCCCCAGAGAGAGCAGCCGCUGCUGGAACCACGAAGCUCAAGAGCUUGACCAUGGAAGAAAUGGCGAAGGAAAUGACUGAACUUCUGGCUCGAGGUCCACAGGUCCAGGCCUCCAAGGCUGCUGCCGGGGCCAAGAAGUACGAGCUGAGCAAGUGGAAGUACGCUGAGCUGCGGGACGCCAUCAACACCUCGUGUGACAUCGAGCUGCUGGCCGCCUGCAGAGAGGAGUUCCACCGCCGGCUCAAAGUUUACCACGCCUGGAAGUCAAAGAACAAGAAAAGAAACACCGAGACGGAGCAGCGAGCACCGAAAUGUGUCACCGACUACGAUCAUGCACCUCCUGUGAAAAAAGCAUCCCAGCAGAACCCAGCCCCGCCGAUACCGGCCCGGCAGUACGAGGUGGCCAUGAACCGGCAGCAGCGCUACUUCCGCAUCCCGUUCAUCCGGCCGGGCGACCAGUACAAAGACCCCCAGAACAAGAAGAAGGGCUGGUGGUACGCUCACUUCGACGGGCCCUGGAUCGCCCGGCAGAUGGAGCUGCAUCCGGAUAAACACCCCAUCCUGCUGGUGGCAGGAAAGGACGACAUGGAGAUGUGCGAGCUGAGUCUGGAGGAGACGGGCCUGUCGAGGAAGAGGGGAGCUGAGAUCCUGCCCAGGCAGUUCGAGGAGAUCUGGGAGCGCUGCGGCGGGAUUCAGUACCUCCGCAGCGCCAUCGAGAACCGGCAGGCGCGACCCACCUACGCCACGGCCAUGCUGCAGAGCAUGUUCAAGUGACGGAGCCCGGGGCUCCUCACUGCAAACAAAGGGACAAAUGCACCAGCUACCUAACACAGAUGGCGUCUGAGCGUACUGCACCAGGUUCUGACUGGCAUUCACGUGAACAGCGAUUUCUCUCAACUGUCCUUUUUGUUUUUCUUCUGUUGUCGUUUUUGUUCUCGCUGGCUUUUAGUUCCUCGAAGGUGGGGGGCGAGGGCAGCUUUGCACUGAACCCUAUGCAGAAAAAUCAUACUAAAUUAUCACAUCCGGUUGUUUUACAAGGAAUUCUGUUCUCUGUAACAUUUCUGCAAGUCUAACUAUGAGGCCUUAAUACUACUUUAACAGGGUUUAAUUGCCAGAAGUAGGACUUUUGUUUUUGUUCAAAGCUGCCUCCCCAAACAAGAAAACUUAAUUCCUUCAUAAUUAUGCAUUCCUGAUUAUUACACUGAAGUCUCACUGGUGUGUCGCUUCCAUCUUAACAGCUAGCUGGUGAUCCCUCUCCGACUUAAAACCUGCUGUUUACAUUGUCUUCAUGUGGUUCUUACAGGGCAAACACUUGCACAAGGAGCUGUCAGCGCUCACCGUGAGGCAGUGCUGCAUGAGUGUCAGAUUAUUCCUCCAAUUAAGUCAAAUAUUUGCUAAUACUUACUUUUUUAUUUUACCUUUUGUCUUUCCAACCGAAUGUAACUUGAGACCUCGUUGAUUUGUUGGUGUAGUGAUUCCUCUUUUCUUCUCAUUACGUGUGAUUUAAUGUGUAAAGCUAAUGAGAGGUCCAAAAAUGUUUGACUUUGAGACCAAACGUCGCUCUAACCAUCGAGCCCUCGUUGGGCUUUUUUGGGUCAGAGCAGUAAUUCAGCUCCGUGAUUAGUUUUUGUCUGCGUUUAUCGAGCAAAGCAGAAAAUGUGAAUUAAUUAUGCAAAUGCUGAGAUGCAACUCCUCGUGGGCUGUUUGAGACCAGAUCAAAAAAAAAAAAAACUCAUUCAUACCAUAUUUAGUCUUCAAAUCUGAUCUUUUUACACGAGGAAAUAUAAUUUGCCAAUGCAGUGAUUCCCAAGGCAGUUUCACGUUUUUCAUUGGCGUUAUCCUGAAAAUAUAAAUCACUCCAUCUGGCUGUUUGUUUAAAAAAUAAGAUUGGACAUUUUUCUGCUGUGUGAGAAGCUAUCGAGUUAUCGUUAUUAACUCUGUACGAUGCACUGGUACUCAGCCUUGAACUGGAACAUUCAUUCAACACUGAAUAUUUUCUAUACAGCAGGUACAGUAUAUGCAGCCAACAGUGAUUUUCCAACUGGAAUGUAAAACAUUUAUUUUUGAAGGAACAGUUUCUACUUCAGUGGCUCGGGGCGUGCGAUUGUCAAGAGAAGCAAUAAAUCACGCAAACUAAGUUAAGAGAGAAAAACAAGCCUCCUUUGACAGGUACAUAAAAAAUUUAAAGACAAUCUGCUGCGACGUUUCACCUGAGGUUGCCAAGUUUGUUCCUGAGCUUUCUGUUCCUUUUCACGGCCUUUUCUGCACAACACAAAGGUGACUUAGAUUGUCCGAAAGCAUAAAGAUCUGUCUUAUUGCAAAGUAGCUGAUCCCUUUUACAAAUGGCAUUAACAUGCAGGGAAGCAGGCUUGAAAUCAAUCAAUCAAUGAAUGAUGCACUGAAGGCCUGAUAGUGCAGCUAACAGUGACCGCAAAGACAGAAAGUUUUGAUUUGAGGUUAAAAGAGAGUUUAAGACGUCAAGUAACUGCUGUUUCAACAUAUUCCAGUAUCUAUUUUACUAUGCAGCCGGUGUUAACUCCGUGUUGUCAUAAAGUCAUUGAAAUUCUUUUGACGUUUAUAAAAGCUCACCAAACUAGGUGUUUUUUGAUAUGCAAAUCACAAGCUCAGUGGUUACUGUUUAUGGUUUGUAUAUCGGGAAAUGACUAUAUAUCAAUAUGAAGUAACUCCGUGUUGUUAUCUGUUACAGAAAACCUGAAACAAACAAAAAACCUCAAAUUUUGCCAGUUUUGAUCUGCACAUCACCGAGUCAGUGCUUACCCCGUCUUCAGUCUGUCUCGGGCCUGUCUGACGGAACAGAUCGGUCUGUUUUCUUCCAACCUGAUUUAUAUUGGGUUGUAAACACUGUAAAAACACUGAAAUGCACGGCAGUACUGCGGCUGAACAGAUAGACAGGUCACCAAACUUCAGACAGCUGAAGGUAAUUACUUACACAAAACUGCCCAGCUCUUGAUUAUCUGUAGCAACUGGUAUUAUUUCACUUCUCUGACAUAUUUAGGUGCUGACUUUAAAGGCGGGGUAUGCGAUUCUGGAGAAAUCUAAUACCAUGAUACAGAGCGAACAACGACACAGCAAGUAAUGUGACAAACGUUAGCUAGGUUGUGGGUUAGCAAACUGUCGCUACAGUAGCUGCUGCGAAGCUAACAGCCAGAGAGGACGAGACGGUUUCCCAGAGCCAGCACAGCAGCUCCAGACAGCGACGCUCACAACUCUCCUGCUGCUGUAGCUAACAUCACAACAGCAGCAGAUCUCAGCAAACUAGAGAGUCAGCUGAAUGUCCGCGGGCAAGUCGUUUAACGCUACCUGACACACACAUCAUGGCUGGAAUAGUGUUGUGCGUCUCGGUCCGAGCCACUUUCCCAUUUAGCCGGGCAGAGCCACUGAACGGGCAGCUAGCGGACCGUGAGGAGAAAUUCGCAUACCCCACCUUUAAAAUGCCAUAAAAUCCUAUAGUUUAUUUCAAGGUCGUUGUCCCUGUAAUCGUUGCUAUGGUUACAAUGUUAGCUGUCAUGGUAACGACACAGGUUCGAGUAAGAAAUUUUCACCAGUUUACUCUGAUUAAGAUGCAUUUUCUCACCUCCAGAUGAAACGACUUCAUUAACUUAGUUUCUCUCUCGCUGGUUUUCCUUUAGUCCAGCCGCGACCUGUAACAUCAGGGACGGCAGAAACAACUAGCCCUCUCAAAACUGGAUCACUUCAGGUUCAGACAGAGUUACACAUUCGAAGAUUUGAACUGCAUCUUAAGCGUAAUUCAAGUUUGGUUUAAAUCUGAUCUGAAAAGACUGACUUUACUGAGAGAUAAAGUUUGAUGCCUGCAGGUGAGCCGAGGUGUUUUCCUGGCUGGUAAUGCUGAGUGUAAAAGGGGCCACAGUGUUGGUUUUAAUACCAGAGCGAUUUCCUCAAAUGUACAAGAAAUUAUCCCACAUUUGCUACGAUCUGUUUCUCUCCACACAUUACAAUCAUUCCUCGGGAAGCACUGCCUUUUUGUCCACUGUCGUUUUUCUAACGCUGAUCUCUCUAACAGAUGAAUAAAUGCAUUCCAUGUUUCACUCA